AUGGCAGAUCUACGAGCUGAACUACAAUGUUCCAUAUGUUUGGGAAUAUUCAAGGAUCCUGUAACCCUGAGGUGUGGACACAACUUCUGCCGGGAAUGUAUUAGUCAGGCAUUGGACACUCAGACAACCAGAGUCUUCACCUGUCCACAGUGCCGAAAAAGAUUCCCAUCCCGACCGGUCCUGAACAAGAACACCAAUCUGAGCAACAUUGCUGAGCAAUUCCACUCUGCUGGGCCGGAGGACGGUGACACCGGGGUCCUCUGUAACUUCUGUGACCUUUCCUUUCCUGCCAUUAAAACCUGUCUACAAUGUGAGACCUCCAUGUGUGAGAGACAUCUGAGGAAUCAUGACAGGUCAGUGCAACAUACGUUACUAGACCCCAUCACCUCCCUGGAGAACAGAAAAUGCCCCAUCCAUAAGAGGCUCCUGGGGUAUUACUGCACAACAGAUGAUAUCUGUCUCUGUUUGUCCUGCUCCUUGGGCAAAGAACAUCGGGAACACCAAGUAGAACCACUAAAUGAGGCCUCCGAGAAGAAGAAAGAGAGGCUGAGGAAGGUUCUGGAGACAAUGAACUCAAAGACAGAGGAGACUGAGAGAAAAGUCCGACGUCUGCAGGAGGACAUGAGAAAAGUCCAAGAAAAGGCCGAUGUGGUGACCAGGAGAGUUCAUGAUCGGUUCAGGAUGUUCAGGAGACAGCUGCUCAUCCUCGAAGAAACUCUCAUUGGAGACAUCAUGUUGAAGAAAGAACAGAGUUUACGAUCUUAUACCGAUCAGAUUCAGGAGCUGGAGAAAGAGAUGGAGGAGCUGCGGAGGAGUAAAUGUCACCACGAGGAGCUAUGUCACACGACCGAUCCAUUUACUGUCCUACAAGAACCGCCAUCUUGUGUGAGGGGCUUGUGCGAUGCCAUGGAGGGACAACUAAGUGGUGAACCAUCACACAGUGCCGGUGGUCUGGAUGUGCACCUGCUCUCAAAAACAUUACAAAUAGGACUGUGUGACAUAAUGUUAGGACUGAACACAUGGUUCUAUAUACAGAAACCUGCAGACUUAUUACUGGAUGUGAACAGCGCUGACCCUGACCUCCAGGUAUCAGACAACCUGAAGACUGUGACCCACGCGGAACCGACCAAGAAUCUAUACCAACUGAACCAGGUCAGAAGCACCAGACGCUUCUCUUCAGGAAGACAUUACUGGGAGGUGGAGGCCGGAGACUCUGGGAACUGGGGCGUCGGGGUGUGUUAUCCCAGUCCAGACAGGAGAGAGGACCAGUCAGGCCAGUCAUGGUGUCUGCGGAGGUGUGACAAUGGGCUGGUGGGGGAGCACAAUGGCCGCUCUCUCCAAUUACACAAAAGGCCGUCUUGUAAUAGUGUGAGGGUCUAUCUGGAUUACAAAGCCGGACGUUUAUCCUUUUAUGAACUGAGUGACCCUAUUAGACACCUGCACACCUUCUCUGCCACCUUCACCGAGCCCCUUCAUGCUGCUUUUAUGGUACAUAACAAUUGGCUGAGAAUCAGGAACCGGGACAUAGAGCGGCACAAGAAAGAGACACGGAAAAAAAAAAAAGGUACAUCUGAGCGUUCAGGGCAUAACCGCGGGGGAAAAAAUGCCGUAUUGGUCCAAAGCCAUCUAAUUCAGCGGAAAGUUACUGCAGAGCGAGAAUUGGGACUUUUCCCGAUAAAGAGACACUUCCUGAAUGCAGUUAUGGCAUCUGCUGACUUCAAGUACGGUCACAACUGCUCCAUCUGCCUGGGCAUCUAUACUGAUCCUGUGGCCCUGAGGUGUGGGCACAACUUCUGCCGCGGGUGCAUUGAUCGAGAGCUGGAUACCCAGCAGGAGUCUGGAGUUUACACCUGUCCUGAAUGCAGAAAACGAUUUCACGAGAGACCAACACUGCAGAGGAGCAUGAACCUGCGCCACACCGCCCAUUCUUCCUCCAUGUCCUAUGAAGACCAUGAGGCUUCGGGGAUAUUUUGCACUUACUGCAUUCAUUCUUCGGUGCCCGCUGUGAAAUCCUGCCUGUUAUGUGAAGCUUCUCUAUGUGACAGUCACUUGAAGGUCCACAGCAAGUCCCCAGAACACGUCUUAUCAGAACCCACCACUUCUUUUGGAAAGAGGAAAUGUUCCACACACAAGAAGAUCCUUGAAUAUUACUGCUCCAAGGACUCUGUGUGCAUCUGCGUAUCUUGCAUCGCUUUUGGAGAACAUAAAGGACACUUUGUGGAACCUAUCAAUGCCGCUUUUGAGAAAAAGAGAGAUCGACUGAUACAUUUUUUGGAAAAACUGACUUUAAAAAAGAGGAGGACAGAGAAACGAGUCAAGAACUUGCAAAAACGAAGGACAGACGUGCAGGAAAAGGCGGCCUGUGUUACCAGGCAAGUGAAUGUCCUGUUUCGGGAUAUUCGGGAACAGCUGGACCACCUGGAGAAGAGAGUCCUCAGCGAAAUCUCCAACUGGGAAGAGCAAGUGUCACACACAGUCUCCAGCCUGAUCCACCAGCUGGAGAUGAAGAAGGACGAGUUGUCCAGGAAGAUGUUUGACGUGGAAGAGCUGUGCCAGAUGAGCGAUCCGGUGACUGUCUUACAGGGAAGAGGAUCCAUACGAGAUGACUUUUAUGACCGUCAGGAGGGAGAUGAUGAAGACAGAGAGAGAGAAGAUAAGAAGGUCCACGAGGCCGGAGAGCUAGACGAAGGUCUUAUCUCUGCCGCCCUUCAUGCUGGUUUAGCUGAUAUUAUGAUGGGAGUCAAGAGGGGGAUUUAUGUGUCCGAGUCUUUGGAUAUUUUACUAGAUCUGAACACGGCGGGUAACUAUGUGAUUGUAUCGGGGGACCAGAAAACUGUGUCUUGGUCUGAUCUAAACCAGUGUCGUCUGGAAACUCCCGAGAGAUUUCAGUACUGUCAGGUAUUGAGUACCAGGAGCUUCUCAUCAGGAAGACAUUACUGGGAGGUGGAGACCAGUGACUCUGCAGACUGGAUGAUAGGGGUCUGCUACCCCAGUAUAGACAGGAAGGGCGUCCAGUCCUACAUCGGGAACAACAGCAAGUCAUGGGGGUUAUGUAAGUUUAACAAUGAGUAUUCGGCCAUACAUUCCAGUGAUGUUAGCCAGAUAGGUCAUUACGUGUCCUCUCAGAGCUUCAGAAUAUAUCUGGAUUAUGAAGCCGGACAGUUGUCCUUCUACGAGUUACAAGGAUCCAUAAGACACCUGCACACCUUCUCUGCCAUCUUCACCGAGCCCCUUCAUGCUGUGUUUUAUGUCUGGGGUGACUGGGUAAGAAUUAAGAGCUAGGCUAGAGAAGGUCAUGGCUCCUGGUCAUCACCAAGUAGUCCUACUGCCCCAUAUAUUAAGUGUGAGUGGUCAUAGGUUAACUAAAGCCUUACAUAGGGAAGAAUAGAUUAUUCCCAUAACAUUGUGCCGCAGUAGAUAGCCUAACAGCCAGCCAACAAGGCCUUCUAUAUCGAUAUAGGAGGGGAUGAAUCCAUUACAGUACCACCAGAUCGUAUAACAUAUGUCCAACCAGGCCUUCUAUAUCGAUAUAGGAGGGGAUGAGUUCAUUACAGUACCACCAGAUAGUAUAACAUAUGUCCAAUCAGGCCUUCUAUAUCGAUAUAGGAGGGGAUGAAUCCAUUACAGUACCACCAGAUAGUAUAACAUACUGUAUGUCCAACAAGGCCUUCUAUAUCGAUAUAGGAGGGGAUGAGUCCAUUACAGUACCACCAGAUAGUAUAACAUAUGUCCAACAAGGCAUUCUACAUCGAUAUAGGAGGGGAUGAAUCCAUUACAGUACCACCAGAUAGUAUAACAUACUGUAUGUCCAACAAGGCCUUCUAUAUCGAUAUAGGAGGGGAUGAGUC